AUGAGUCCAUCUCACAUUCGAAUAUUAUCUCAGAAUAACCUCUACUAUUUCUAUCUCUGUCUCACUACAAAGCACUAUCAUCACUCAACUAAAGUCAAAAUGCCCCUUGUUGUCCCCGGGAUUACCAACACCGGUAGCGGUAACAGCAAAGACGACUGGCUCAAUAAGCUUGUUGGGAAGAAGAUCAGCGAUUCUCAUAAUGAGACUUGUUUCGCAAAACAAGACCUCCCUGAGUCUCAUCGGAUCGUAAAGCCGGGAGAUUUCACGACGAUGGACUACAGACCCGAAAGGUUGAAUAUUCAUCUUGAUGAGAACGAGAACGUUCGUGAUGUGAACUAUGGGUAG